CUAUUCUAUGAUUCUGUGAUUGUUAAAGCUUCUUCCACAGUAGUUGAAAACCUUUUUGAGUUUAAACUAAUUUGAGGAAAAGAUCUUCUGUCUAUGUAAGUUGUAAACCAUUGUGUUAUCCCUGAAAGUAGGUCCAAGAUGUUUGGCAGCCCUUUGUUAAAAUGGUAUAAUCUUAGUAACUUCAUAAAUAGAUAGACCUGCUUAAAAGCACUCAAUUUCAGAUAACAUUGUUACUCACAAUGUAGCUGUUUCCUUUUGCUUAUUGUUUAUAGUGGGAACUCUACUUGCAUCUCAGAUAUGGACUCUUUUGAUACCUGGUAUUAGCUGCCUAGGAAAAUGAAGAGGUGUGAAAGGGAUAUGAACUGAGGGAUCAUUUAGAAGUCAGAAGAGGGACCAGUAAAGCUGCAGAAAUAAUGAGAUGUCUUCCAAGCGACCAGCCUCUCCGUAUGGGGAAGCAGAUGGAGAGGUAGCCAUGGUGACAAGCAGACAGAAAGUGGGAGAAGAGGAGAGUGACGGGCUCCCAGCCUUUCACCUUCCCUUGCAUGUGAGUUUUCCCAACAAGCCUCACUCUGAGGAAUUUCAGCCAGUUUCUCUGCUGACGCAAGAGAACUGUGGCCAUAGGACUCCCACUUCUCAGCACAACACAAUGGAAGUUGAUGGCAAUAAAGUGAUGUCUUCAUUUGCCCCGCACAACUCAUCUACCUCACCCUUGAAGGCAGAAGAAGGUGGGCGUCAGAGUGGAGAAUCAUUGUCCAGCACAGCCCUGGGAACCCCUGAAAGGCGCAAAGGAAGCCUAGCGGAUGUUGUAGACACGCUUAAGCAAAGAAAAAUGGAAGAGCUCAUCAAAAAUGAACCAGAAGAAACUCCCAGUAUUGAAAAGCUACUAUCAAAGGACUGGAAAGACAAGCUUCUUGCCAUGGGAUCAGGGAACUUUGGAGAAAUAAAAGGGACUCCAGAAAGCCUCGCUGAGAAAGAAAGGCAGCUCAUGGGUAUGAUCAAUCAGCUGACCAGUUUGCGAGAACAGCUGCUAGCAGCUCACGAUGAACAGAAGAAACUGGCUGCCUCACAGAUCGAGAAGCAACGCCAGCAAAUGGAGCUGGCUAAGCAGCAACAAGAACAGAUUGCAAGACAACAGCAGCAGCUCCUGCAGCAGCAACACAAAAUUAACCUUCUUCAGCAACAGAUCCAGCAGGUCCAGGGUCAGCUGCCUCCAUUAAUGAUUCCCGUAUUCCCUCCAGACCAACGAACCCUAGCAGCAGCUGCUCAGCAAGGAUUCCUUCUUCCUCCUGGUUUCAGCUACAAAGCGGGAUGCAGUGACCCCUACCCUGUUCAGCUGAUCCCGACUACUAUGGCAGCUGCUGCCGCAGCAACACCAGGCCUAGGCCCGCUCCAACUGCAGCAGUUGUAUGCUGCCCAACUUGCUGCAAUGCAAGUGUCUCCAGGAGGCAAGAUACCUGGCAUAUCCCAGGGUAACCUUGGUGCUGCCGUAUCGCCUACCAGCAUCCACACAGACAAGAGCACAAACAGCCCUCCACCCAAAAGCAAGGAUGAAGUGGCCCAGCCUCUGAACCUCUCAGCCAAACCCAAGACAUCUGAUGGCAAGUCUCCCACAUCACCCACCUCUCCUCAUAUGCCAACUCUGAGAAUAAAUAGUGGGGCCAGUUCACUAAAAUCCUCUGUGCCAGCAACAUUAGCUAGUCCUUCAGCCAGAGCUAAUACAAUAGAUAUCCUUUCUUCUAUCACGUCGUCAGGUUAUUUAAAUGACCAUGAUGCUGUUACCAAGGCAAUCCAGGAGGCUCGGCAGAUGAAGGAGCAACUUCGGAGGGAACAACAGGUGCUGGACGGGAAGGUGGCUGUUGUGAAUAGUCUGGGUCUCAACAACUGCAGGACAGAAAAGGACAAAACUACACUGGAGACCCUGACUCAGCAACUGGCAGUAAAACAGAGCGAAGACGGGAAGUUUAGCCACGCAAUGAUGGAUUUCAACAUGAGUGGAGAUUCUGAUGGAAGUGCAGGAGUUUCAGAAUCAAGAAUUUAUCGGGAAUCCAGAGGGCGUGGCAGUAAUGAGCCCCAUAUCAAGCGCCCAAUGAAUGCAUUCAUGGUGUGGGCUAAAGACGAAAGGAGGAAGAUCCUUCAAGCCUUCCCUGACAUGCACAAUUCCAAUAUCAGCAAGAUACUAGGAUCUCGCUGGAAAGCUAUGACAAACCUAGAGAAGCAGCCAUACUACGAGGAACAGGCCCGACUCAGCAAACAGCACCUGGAGAAAUAUCCAGACUACAAAUACAAGCCAAGGCCGAAGCGUACCUGCCUUGUAGAUGGCAAAAAAUUACGCAUUGGCGAGUACAAGGCUAUCAUGCGCAACAGACGUCAGGAGAUGAGGCAGUAUUUUAAUGUUGGGCAACAAGCACAGAUUCCCAUUGCCACCGCAGGUGUCGUUUACCCAGGAGCCAUCGCCAUGGCAGGAAUGCCUUCCCCACACCUGCCCUCGGAGCACUCGAGCGUGUCCAGCAGCCCCGAGCCCGGGAUGCCCGUCAUCCAGAGCACUUACGGCAUCAAAGGCGAGGAGCCCCAUAUCAAGGAAGAGAUGCAGACCGAUGACGUCAAUGGAGAAAUCUACGAUGAGUAUGAUGAGGAAGAGGAUGACCCCGAUGUGGACUAUGGCAGUGACAGUGAAAAUCACAUUGCGGGGCAAGCCAACUGAUCAGGGUCCAAAUAUCACGUGACCUGCAGGACUUCAAGGAGAAAAGAAAAAAUAAAUAAAGCCCCAUCUGGUUUAUCCUUACCAGUGGCCAAGCACAUUAACUUUCUCAUACACUGACUGUUACUUUAACUGUUAGUCUUAACUAGUUGGGACAUCAGCUGACUAAUAGACAUCAGCCUGCAUCAGAAGAAAAAAGGCUCAGAAGAAAGGAAACAAAGACAACGACAACAACAACAGAAUAAUAUAAGCUAUGGGUAAAAUAAUGCCAGUAAUUCAGCUGCUAUACCCAAGCACUGAAGUCUUACCCGUCGACCUUUUAUUAUUAUUAUUUUUUUUUCAAAUAAACUUUAUGGCUGUUUGUUCUACAAUGUUCUAGAAAUUCUCACUCAGGUACACAGUGCCAACAAGUGGCUUGUGAAUGUGUUUUGUUGUUUUGUGCUACAGUUUAAAGAGAAAUAAUUUUUUUUUUUUUUUUUUUUUUUUGGUAAUGCACCUGACAGGAAAGAAAAAAAAAGAUAAAAUUCCUUUUUCCCCUUCUGUCUCCUCCAUCUCCUCCUCCCUGGCACGUUUGGGUCUGAAGCGUGUGUGUGUGUGCGUGUGCGCGUGGCUGGCAAGGAAGGAAGUGGGGAGCCUGUUUCUGUUAACCCCAACAAGCAAUUAUUUCCUUUCAAGAGAGAACUUCUCUUCAUCAGUUGCACAUCAUACUGAGUCUUUGAGCAAGUGCCAAAUUUGUACUACAGCGCUGAACUAGUCCAAUUUGCUUAUUUUUUGGUUGGUCUCUGUUUUUGUUUUUCUUUGGGUUUCCUUUCUCUUCCUGCUCUAUCUCAAGUUAGGACAGUGUUGUAUCUUAGACAAUCCCUUGAAGAACCUGAUAUACCAGCAGCUGGUGAGAUUAGAUUUAUAUUUUUGGUUUUGCUUUUGCUUUUUAAAGGAAACUGUAGGUGCCAUUCUCAGGUGAAAAAAAGAGAGAGAGAGAGAGAGAGAGCAUAAGAAAUUUAGAGAAAAAAUAUUUUAUGAUCUUGGAUUUUCAUGUGUGCGUGUUUAUGGUACUAAUAAGAAUAAUAUUGGACUAUUGUGAGCAAAAAGCAUGUUCCAGAAUGAAAUCCCGCACCCUCCAAAGGUCUUGGUCUGUAAGGAGCUUUUGCUUUUCAUUUACACUUCAAGUGGCAGCACAUACAACAUGAAAAAAGAAUUGUUCAGAAUAGGAUUUGUUCAACACACGACAGGGCAACUGGAAAUGUUAACUUCUUGCUGAGUGUAAUUAGGUUACUGUGAUGUCCAGUGUUAAUGAACUCAUACCUACAGGGCUGCUGAGCACUGAUCUCUGAUUCAAAAGGCAAUUGCAUUGUGUUUUUGUUUUUUUAACUAGCAUUUUUUUUCUCCUUUGCACUUGCAGAAAUCCAGUUUUAUCAGUGGGAUGUUUUUGUAGGAAAAAAGACUAAUAGAUACAAAGAGAUUUUUGUUUUCAAAGCAGAGAAUAGAAGACCCAAAACCUAUGUGGUGCUGUGUUUCCCUAGCUGCUGCCUCUCACAGGUGAAAAAUUGUCUCCUGGGCUAUGUUCCUUCCAGCGCUGUUCUAGAGCCCCUAGGUACGUUGUUGUGCAGCUUUGCCUUCCUUGGGCAACAGCAGCCAUGGUGAAGAAGGUGGAUUUACAGAAGUGUAAUGCUGAACAGAUGUUAGCGUGUUGUAAUUUCAACAAGGUAACUGAGUAUUACGCUUUAUUUCGGACAAAGAACAAAUACAAGCAAGUUACAGAAUCUCUUCUCAUCCCUGCACUCUCAUCUUCCUCUAGAAAGAGAGGACCCACGUUCGUGUAGCAAAACAUUACAUCUAAACCAAUCAGCCAACCAAAAAGGCUACCUCUAGUUUCAAGCACCAGCUGUCCAGUAGAUCUGCAAAGUCCUAGGGUCAUACAGAGAAAAAGAGCCUUCCUCUGAGUCAGUUUUCUAGUACCACCUUCGUGUUGCUCACUGGUAAAUCCUUAAUGCUUAAGAGGCUCAUUGCCAGCAUUCCCUUACAGCCUUGUGAGUCUUUGUGCCAGCCAGAUCUCAGCCCGAGGGUUUGCCAGAACCAGAGUGUUCAGUACUUGGCAAUGUUGAUUUUGUGAAUUUACCUUGUGACGUAAAUUUAGACCUCUUGGUAACAGCCAUUUAAUCCAAGUGCAGGGGAGAAGGGGCAGGCAGCAGGAGGGGCUGGAGAGGAGGAUGUGGGGUCUUUUCUGAUGGAUCACCGCUUGAAGUGUAACUUGACCUGUGCAGACCUUGCGCAAAGCAAACAAGCAAAUGCCAUUGAAGAAUAGGACAAUACUCCAAGGAGCGGUUUGGACGUAUGAUACUUCUACCCUGCAACAUCUGUUUUGUUUUUCUCCUUGUUUUCCCUUUUUUGAUGUCCACCUCUGCCUCACAAAAAUUCUUUUCUAUUUUCUCUCUCUCAGAAGAUUUGCUCUGAAGUUAUGCUUGGAGUAGCUGAUCAUAUCCUCCAUGUCAGAGAGGGUUCUUUUUGUUUGUGUUUUAUGACUGUGUUUUUUUUUUUUUUUUCAGUUGAACUGCCUCUUCUUGCUAGUGUUGUAAUGGUAAUUAUUAUAAUAAUAAUAAUAAUGGUCAGCUGUUCCCAGAUUAGUAAAUUAUGUAUAAUUUAUUUUAUUCCCCCCCCUCCUUUUUUAACUUUAUUUUAUUCUGUUCUAAUUUGGCAGUGCAGCAAAUGAAGCUGUUAGGCUAUUUAAAAUGGAUACCCCUCCCCACCUUGCCUUUUUAUAUAUAUAUAAAUAUAUAUAUAUACAUAUGAAAACAAAUAGCUUCUUCUUCUGCUCACACCAUUCCUCUUUCUGUUAUUUUAAUUUUGGCCCCAGCCAUGUCAACUUCUGAUGUUUAUUAUGAUGGAGUGAAUUAAUGGGAGUGUUGUUUUCAAUCUUAAUUAACUUCUGCUCUCUCAUCACUCAUUUUAGUUAUUUAAUUACACCAGUCAUCUAGAGCCAAUUUUUUUGAAGCACUCUGUUUAGAUAAGAAGAAAAAAAAUAGGCAAUUGUUUUUAUAUCAUUAUUAUGUACAAUGUGAAAACAGAUAUUUGCUCCUUUUUUUUUUUAACUUUUAAAUUUGUUCCCUGUCUUUGUGAACAAAUUACUUCUGACUCUUGUGGGUUCACCUCACAUUUGCUGGAUGCUUAAUUUCCACCAUGUUAUAGAGACUCUCUGGUUUAAUGGUGUAACGUUGGGCUACCAGAAUACUUUGUUUUAGCUCCAGGUAGGUGCCACUGCAGCAAGCAUGAUUGGAGCAAGCAUUGGAUGCGUGGGCUGGAAAGCCAGCCACGGUGAAGUCUAUGGGACAAGGGUCCCGUCACUUCAGCCGGGCCAAAUUUCAGCCCUGGACUAUGGGCAGUGCUGCAGGAGAUGCUCUGGAGAUGCUCUGGAGCUGGCCCCAUUUCGGUUCCAUGCUGGAGCAAGGCUGGUGCCAGGGCAGCAGGACGAGCUCUGCACUCACUGCUCACCGUGUAGGCCUGGACUAAGGCUCAGGCCAACUCUGGGUUUGUCACCUGCACGUUUCUGUCUGAGGGACAAUGCUGGAGCCUGGGUUUGGUCAGGCUGGUCAAAGGGGUAGCUGGAGCGAACUGUCUGCCACCCGCAUUUCAAUACUGAAGCUGAUGCAGCAAUGAUAAAAUGAAAAAAAAAAGGAAAAAAAAAAAAAAGGCUCUGGGGUCCCAAACCAGCAAAACAUUUGUGCCUGUGCUAAGGUUUUGUUGGGUCAAAGUACAAGCGCCCAUAUAUCCUUCAGUCCUUCAGAUCUGAAGAUGAGGCCCUGUUUGUCCCUCUUUCAUUUCUCACAAAAAAAAAAAACCAAAAAAAAAAAACAAAAAAAAAAAAGCAGAACAUAUUAAAAUAGAUCUUCUUGUCUUGUUUCUUUUUUUUUUUCCUGGGUUCUGUGCCCUAGAGCAUGUAGGCAAACCAGGUUAGAAGAGGUUAGCCUUGUAUUAACCUACAAGCGCGUGGAGGCCGUGCUGCUGCCACGGCCCUGCUCUCCUCUGACAUCGGGGAGCCUCUUGCGUCAGUGUGCUCGGUAGCUUAGAGAAGAACAAUACCAGCAGUAGGGAAAAGGAGAAAAGAGAAAAACUGAGACACUUGCUUCUAAGCUCAAUUAAAUAACACAGAGUAUAUCCUUUUUCAAUUUAUUCAUGCCUUAUAUUAGUAAAAUAGGAUUUUUAAGUGCAUUUAACAUCUUUAUUUAACCGUUCCGCUGUAUUAAUCAGGCCCCCAGAAAAGAACACUGGCUAUUAUUAUAGCAUUUAAUUAGUUUUGUAACCAAAUCCUCUUAUUACAAAUGCAUAUGGAAGAAAUUCUUUCUUCGAAGACAUUAUUUCAAAGAUUUGGUUACUGCAGUAGACUCUCUUUAAUUAAAUCAUUUUUUAGAAAGUAAAUUGUCUUUAACCUUUUUACAGUACAUUUUCAGAGCUUUUUCUUUUUAAUCCAAAGAGAUGAGCUGUUAUUGUCCCUGAAGAAGCCUCUGACAUCACGUUUGUAACAUCAAAAAUAAUUAUACUCCGUGGAAACGUAGACCUUACUUAGCAAGAAUUCAUCUGCUAGAAUGAAUGGCAACUAUAUAAUACCCUGUGCAUUUAAGGGCAUGAUUUAUCAGAUAGGAAGUAUUUUUGUCUGCCCACUUCUUGAUAGAAUCAUAUCUUCAGUUUUGCAAAGAAAUGUAUGUAAUUCACUGGAUGUGGAUUCAAGUGUAUCCUCAAUUCACAGGGCAUGGGCUGGAUGUUUAGCUUGGUUUAUAUUUACAUUUUUUCAACUUUAUCUUAACUUGUCAGUUUCCCAGAUUGAAGAACAUGUCAAGUUCAUUUUUUUCUACUGACUGAUUUCUCUACUCCCCAGUGUUUUUGUCACUGGUUUGCUGAAACAGUAUUUAUAUAGCUCCGUUGGCUCUAAAGCUCUUACUCCUUUAAUGUUUUGGAUUUUACAAGUGAAAUGAAAAUAGAAAAGAAAUAGAGACAAUCAAAUGCCUGGAGCUUAAAACAAAGUAUGCGCAACCUACCAUCUCACUUGAAAUUUAAUAAAAGAAAUAAUUAUGUAAAUAUAACAUAGAGUUAUAGAUUUAUAUUUUGUUCAUAACACAUAGUGUAAUAUAAGUUGUAUAUUUUCAUGUUUUGGUUUUAUGUUAUCAUUCAUGCCACAAUAAAUGAGAAAAACAGGAGUUGAUGUACUCUUUAAAAAAAAAUACAAUGUGGGUUGCCACCAUCCUGGGUUUUUGGUUUUGUUUUUUGUUUUGUUUUGUUUUUUUUGUUUCUUUUGCAUUCCCCUUUUUCAGUAUUAUUGCCCUGCAAGGCACCAAUAAAACAGCAAAUGUGUUCUUUACCUA